ACGUUUGAGCAUUCUAAUAAUUGAGAGAAUUCUAGAAUCAGCAAAAUGGUUAAAGUUGUUCGAAAAUCAUCAAAGUUGUCGGCUCGACAAAAUUUGAAAAGUUUGGCGGCAAAGUCGAUCUCGAUUUCCCGCGAAGGAAAAGUAGAGGAGCCGAUCGUUGACGAACUUCUGCGGAAAUUAAAAGCGGCAGUUCCAGCUGUAAACGGAAGUAGUGAAGUGACGUCAUUGGAGAUAAUCCAACACGCGAUAUUUUAUAUCCACGAUCUAUGGUCGACAUUGAGUGACGAAGAUAUGACGUCAUAUCCUGUUAUACACCAGACAAGGUUGCAAGCAGUUUGAGAUGGAUACCUUUACUUCAUGAGAGGAUCAAGUCCGGGGAACCACCCAUGUGGUUGACGUCAUCAAAUUCCAGAUCACUUAAUUGUGACGAAAGAGUUGGUUCUGUGACGUAGAAGGUAACGUGGAACAAUAGAAACAAGAAAAGGCGCAAAACAACGAAGAGUUAAAAAAUGAAAAAAAACGUUUUAUUGUAUGUUUUAAACCAAAGUAACGAUGGUAUAUCGUAUUGUACGUAAUACAAAAACUAUAAUAAAAGAUUCGAGGUUUUUCU